CAGUCGACGCACAAGAUGGCCGCUGCCGGAGUGGCAGCGGGGCGGCGGCGGGCGAUGGCGGCGCUGCCCCGGGGCCCGCGUGUACUACUGGAGGAGCAGCAGCAGGGCGCUGUGGCAGCCCCGGUGUGCCGGAGCUGAGGGGGCCGCUGGGCGCUGCAGGAAGCCCGGCCCGCGUGGUUAUGUUUCACACUAUGUGCAGACUGUCUGUACUUACAGAAGAUAUUUAAAACCAAACAGACUUUUUUGCAAAAUUUUGAUUCCAGUGGAAUCUGUGCUUUAGAUUUUUGUCUUGUCAAUUAACUGGUGAAGCAAUGCCUGUACAAGCUCCACAAUGGACGGAUUUUCUCUCCUGCCCGAUUUGCACACAGACUUUCGACGAAACCAUCCGCAAGCCCAUCAGCCUGGGCUGCGGCCACACUGUCUGCAAGAUGUGCCUCAACAAGCUCCACCGCAAGGCAUGUCCCUUUGACCAGACCACUAUCAACACAGACAUUGAGCUCCUUCCUGUCAACUCAGCCUUGCUGCAGCUUGUGGGUGCUCAGGUUCCUGAGCAGCAGCCAAUUACUUUAUGCAGUGGAGCUGAAGAUACCAAGCAUUAUGAGGAGGGCAAGAAAUGUGUGGAAGAAUUGGCAUUGUACCUCAAACCACUCAGCAGUGCAAGAGGUGUGGGCCUUAACAGCACGACCCAGAGCGUGCUGAGCCGGCCCAUGCAGAGGAAGCUGGUGACAUUGGUGCACUGCCAGCUGGUGGAGGAGGAAGGGCGCAUCAGAGCCAUGCGGGCAGCGCGCUCCCUGGGUGAAAGAACGGUCACAGAGCUCAUCCUGCAGCACCAGAACCCUCAGCAGCUCUCCUCCAACCUCUGGGCUGCAGUGAGAGCCAGAGGCUGCCAGUUCCUGGGGCCAGCUAUGCAAGAGGAGGCUCUAAAGCUGGUUCUGCUGGCUUUGGAAGAUGGAUCUGCUCUGUCACGGAAGGUCUUGGUUCUCUUUGUGGUGCAGAGACUGGAGCCACGAUUCCCUCAGGCUUCCAAGACUAGCAUUGGGCACGUUGUCCAGCUCCUUUACAGAGCCUCCUGCUUCAAGGUGACCAAGCGAGACGAGGACUCCUCCCUGAUGCAGCUGAAGGAGGAGUUCCGGACGUACGAAGCUCUGAGAAGGGAGCACGACUCGCAGAUCGUCCAGAUUGCCAUGGAGGCGGGUUUGCGCAUCGCGCCAGACCAGUGGUCCUCGCUCCUCUAUGGAGACCAGUCCCACAAAUCCCACAUGCAGAGUAUCAUUGACAAGUUGCAGACCCCAGCCUCAUUUGCACAGAGUGUUCAGGAAUUAACUAUUGCUCUUCAGAGGACUGGAGAUCCAGCUAACUUGAAUCGUCUCAGACCUCACCUAGAGCUCCUAGCAAAUAUUGAUCCCAGUCCAGAUGCUCCACCUCCAACAUGGGAACAACUGGAAAAUGGAUUAGUUGCUGUGAGGACUGUGGUUCACGGCUUAGUUGAUUAUAUCCAGAAUCACAGCAAAAAAGGAACAGAUCAACAACAGCCCCCUCAGCACAGCAAGUACAAGACAUACAUGUGCCGGGACAUGAAGCAGAGAGGAGGAUGUCCCAGGGGAGCCAGCUGCACCUUUGCACACUCACAGGAGGAGCUGGAAAAAUUCCGUAAAAUGAACAAGCGUCUCGUUCCCCGAAGACCCCUUAGUGCCUCCCUGGGCCAGCUGAAUGAGGUGGGCCUGCCUUCAGGAGCUAUCCUCUCAGAGGAAGGGGGAGUGGACUUGCCCAAUAGGAAAACUUCUGCUCUGCCAAAUGGAAUUGUGUCAACAGGCAGCACAGUGACACAACUGAUUUCUCGAGGGACUGACUCUGGUUAUGAAAGUGCCCUGAAGCCGGGGAAGAUGGACCAUCUGAGCAGCAGUGCCCCUGGAUCCCCUCCUGACUUGCUGGAAUCUGUCCCCAAGAGCUCUAUUUCUGCCUUGCCAGUGAACCCUCAUCCUGUGCCUGCUCGGGUGCCAGCAGAUCUGCCCUCAGUGUCUGUCACCAAGCAGUUGCAGAUGGUACCACGAGGGUCUCAGUUGUACAGUGCACAGCAAGCAGAUAUGUUUUAUCAAGACCCCAGAGGGGCUGCCCCAUCAUUUGAGCCAGCACCCUACCAACAAGGAGUGUACUAUCCCACUCAGUCCAUGUCUCGCUUUGUGCGCCCCCCUCCGUCGGCGGCCGAGGCGGGCGCGCCGUACCUCGAGCACUACGGGCCGUACCUGCCGGAGCGCGUGGUGAGCCCGCAGUACCCGCAGCCGCAGGGCUACCCGCCGCUGGCGCAGCCCAUGUACCCGCCGCACUACGACGGCCGCCGCGUCUACCCGCCCGUGCAGCCCUACCAGCGCGAGGACGUGGUGCGCGGCAGCCCCGUGCCCAUCGACAUCCCGCAGGCCGCCGUGCCCCUCUACGUGCCCGAGGCCAGGGACCGAUACCAGCAAACGGAGCCUUACUGCCCCGUGCCUCCGCAUCUCGGGCAGAUCCGACCUUCCUGCCACAGGCCUCAUCCCAGCCUGGAUGAACUUCACAGACGAAGGAAAGAGAUCAUGGCCCAGCUGGAAGAGAGGAAGGUGAUAUCUCCACCUCCUUUUGCACCAUCACCAACCUUGCCUCAUCCUUUUCACUCAGAGGAGAUUUUUGUUUUUGUACAGUACUUGGAUGAAGACCUGAAGGUAGCUGGGAAAUACAAAGGAAAUGACUACAGCCAGUACUCCCCGUGGUCCUGUGACACCAUCGGCUCCUACAUUGGAACCAAAGAUGCAAAACCCAAAGAUGUUGUGGCAGCAAGGAGUGUGGAGAUGGCGAAUGUGGACAGCAAAGCCAUGCGUGAGCAGCGGCUGGACAUGCAGCGGCGCGCGGCCGAGGCGGGGGACGAUGACCUCAUUCCCUUUGGAGACCGCCCAACCGUGUCAAGAUUUGGGGCCAUCUCCCGUACUUCCAAAGCCAUGUACCAGAACUCUGGGCCCAUGCAGGCCAUGGCAGUUCCGGGAGCUGCCACCAAAUCCAUCAUUUCAGACUACAGUCCUUAUGAAACUCACGGUGGCUGGGGAGGCUCUCCAUAUUCUCCUCAUCAAAAUAUACCUUCUCAGGGACGUUUCAAUGACAGGGAGAGGCUGUCCAUGUCAGAUGUGGCUGCUCAUGGGAAGCAGUUGCCCUCAGCUGAACGGGAGCAGCAGCUGCGCAUGGAGCUGCAGCAAGUCGACCAUCAGAUCAGCCAGCAGACCCAAAUGAGGGGGCUGGAGGCUGUUAGUAACAGGCUGCUGUUGCAGAGAGAGGCGACUACCCUGGCAGGCCAGCCACAGCCCCCACCCCCACCUCCCAAGUGGCCUGGGAUGAUCUCAAGUGAGCAGCUGAGCUUGGAGCUACACCAGGUGGAAAGGGAAAUUGGGAAGAGAACCCGUGAGCUGAGCAUGGAGAGCCAAUCUUCACUGGAUAUGAAAAACAAGCUGGGCACCACUAAACAGACAGAAAAUGGACAAUUAGAACCACAAAACAAGGUUCCAGCUGAGGACCUUACACUGACAUUCAGCAGUGAUGUUCCGAAUGGAUCAGCUUUGACCCAAGAGAACAUUGGGCUCCUAUCAAACAAUAUGGCAUCUCUGAGCCUGGCAGAGGACCCCGAGGGAGGAGGAGAGGGCCAUGACUCCCAGCGAGGGGGAGUGACACCCACAUCUGCUCCAUGAAGCGAGGCCAGCACACCCUGGAGCUCCUUCUGCUGAGGUGUCAGCAGCUUCCAUCGGGUGUUUUCUUCCAGGGAUGAUUGGAUAAACCCAGGAGCAGCAGUAGUAGCAGAGCAGCAGGUCCAGAGGCAAUGUGCACAAACACAACUACUAGAAACAAAUCCUGCACAUAGUUCACAUUAACGCAUUUUUUAAUUAAAAAAAUGAAAAUUAGCAGUAUCUGCAAGCAAUUCAAAUUAAAUUUGUUUUUGUUCUGUGAAUGAACUUUAUUUUAAUAACUUUGGACGCCUUGAAUCCCAGGGCUUAAAAAAAAAAAGAUAUUAUAUAUAUAUACUCUGUUUGAUUAAUUGUAUGAUCUUAAUGAAGUAGGUUUUCUUUUAUUUUGGUAUUAUUACAUACCCAGUGCAUAAUUCCUUAUUUACCUUACUAGAACAAUUUGGCCACUUCCUUGUAUGAUUUAAGGGUAAACAAGGAAUGAAGGUUGGAGAGUAGCUGUGAAUUGCAGCAUCAAAAGAUGUGCAGCAAACUUCAUCUUAACACAAUUCCUCCCAUUGUGGCCCGGAACUUAACCUGAGCUUCUUGCUUAAAUUGCUGAAUUUAAACUACAAAUGACAGUCUUUGCAAAGGUGUGGUCCUUUUCAAAGGCUGGCAUUAUUUAAGGUCUGUGUGAGUUAGAAUCUGCCACCUGAGUAUCAACCUGCAGUUUGUCAGGGCUGCAGUGAGUCCACCCUGGAUUCCUGUUCCAUGGGGGAAGAAUUGCACUGAGGGUGCAGCACAGAUCUUGCCAGAGUUAUUGAGAAGCAAAUUUUGCCUGAUAGAUUUAAUACUUCUCCAAGUAGAUGCUUUAUGGGCAUAAGCCAGAGAAGCAGUAAGUGUCUUUUGAUAUUUUUUUUUAUAGAUUAAAGAUUUUGUUCUUGCUGCACAUUUUUUACUUUUUUGGCAUAUGCUGAGGUAAGAUCCUGGAUAUAAAGACCUCUUGAGAAUGAUUUUUCACGUGCUGCUCCCUCUCUACCUUCUUGGCCUGUCCUCAUUAUUUCUUUCUGGGUUAGACUACUAAGUGGGAAAGCACUGGUUAUGUAAUAAAUUACUGCAUUGCUUUGGUUGGGUAAAGCAAGAGUUAAUAAAUUUUCUUGGGUUUUAGUUUUCUUUCCUUAACCUUAACUCCUGCUGAGGUUCUAGCAACCUUGGGCUAAGCUUUGCAUUCAUCAUACUGUUAAAUAAAACAACAGGGGGGUGGGAGGGAAUACAGUCUCACUAUUGCCUACCAGUAGGAGAGUCCAAACAGAAGACUCUUUUGAGUAGCAAUUAUUUAAUUUGCCCAGUCAAGGCACCGCGUUUAUAUACUAUUUCACAUUGAAUUUGAUUAUGCCCUACAGACCUGGCUGGUCAAGGAUUUGAUACACAUAUUGGCUUGGGAUUCGAGCUUUCUUUUUUAUUUAAAUAAAAAUUUAUAUAUAAAUAUAUAUAUACAUAUAUACAUAGUUAUAUCUGUAUAUAUAUUGGGUAUGUUUUAAGAAUUUUUUCGCAUGAGCGCAGCUGUUGUGAUCAAAUGUCUGGGAGGUAGAAGCACUGAAUGAAAAUAAAAGCAUUUUUUAGCACACCCCCCACACUUUCCAUGUGUCUUAACACUGGUUUAUUUCACUUUUAGUUGAACUUUGGCCUCUUAAUUGCCUGGAGUAGUUUGAAGCUUGCUUUUUUCUAAUGCCUCUUUUAACUUUUGGCAAAGAAUCAACUUUGCACUGAAACAGCUUCAUCUCCCCUUGCCCCUAUCCAUCUGUAUCUCCUACUUGAAGCCAAGCAUUCCAGCCACUCUCCUUGGAGCUGAGCAGAACUGGGGUGAUGCAGCUGGGAGCCUGUCAGGUCUGUUCCUCCCUUCUCAGCUCUGGGCAUGAGGAGGAUGAAGGUCUUUUCCUGGCUGCCUGCUUCCAAGUCACCUGACACAGGCCCUGGGCCCUCUCAUCCUUCAGUACAGAGCACCACCCUCAGGUCAGCCUUCUCCUUAAUUUUAAUUAGUUUGCUCCUUCCUGCUGUGUCUUUAUUAACACAGGGAGCUUAUCUUAGUCAAGAUAAUUAGUGCAAUAUUCUAAUCUAGGAGGACAAGCCCAGAAUGUGCCUUUUUUUAACUGUAGUAAUUGUGGGUGUAAAAUUUAAUUUUCAAAGAUGGUUAUGAUAGGUUGGACACUACAGAUUCAUUUGUAAUACUAGGAAGAAAAUCUAGAGGGGCAAAAACCUCUUUACCUUUUAUUUCCUGGUUCCCUCACCAAGUUAGGGAUUAUUCUUUUCUCCACAUUUCUCCUGGAAUUCUUCAGUAAGCACUAUUUUAGAUUGCUGGCCUACAUAUGAUGAAUGCUUCCAAAAUCUCUGGAUUAGAAGGGGGACCUUACUGGGUUUUUUUUCUCCUUCAUCCAGCUCUCUGUGCUGUACUUUGUGCAUAACGUCCUUGUUGUGAUCAAUGUGUCCAGGUGAAUGCCCUGUUUGCCCAGAAUUAUAGUUUGGCUUGUUAAAUAGUUUACUUAGUAUCUACUAACAGUAUUGAUUUUCAACUUUGUUUCAUCCCCUCUUCCUCUUACCUUUUUUCUGCUUUUUUUGCAGAAGUUUAGUUGAUUAAACAAAACAGCAAAAUGCAGUGCAUGCUUUUAAGUUUUUUUCUGGAAAUUGCACCUGAAAUGUUCCAGUUUUGUGGAAAAACUGGGAGACCCUGUGGGACAGCUAGCUCUGUAAGUAGUGGCAGCAUUGAUGUUUACAAGCAUGAAAAUGUCUGGAGUGACUCUGUGUCUUCCUGCACUCACUCCUGUAGCCCAUCAUUGUCCCAGUUGUACAGGAAUUCUGGCCACCUCAGUGAAAUUGGUCUUGGCUGCCAAGUGCUUUAGUUCCUUCUGUUGGGCAAGCAGCAGCAGUAUUACCAUGGUGUCAGGGCACUGCUGCAUCCUUUGGUAGGUAGGUUAAAUUUUCUGCUGCACCAGACAAGUCUUGAUAUUUGGGUUUCAGCCAGAUGGACAGCAUGGACAAACCUUCAGAAUAGGAAGCUUCAAGUGGUAGGUUAAGCUUCAGUGUGUCAGUGAUUCAGUCAGUGUGUAGAUGAUGUCUGUUUAUUCUGUGGUGUUAUUUCCCUCCUUCUGUCAACAUCUCAUCUGUCUGUCCUGUGACCUAGUUCUUUUCUCUUAACAGGAGAAGUUUAAACUUUUUCUUCCACCCUUCUUGCAUGCUGUCCUAUUUCAGAGUAGGGUUUGUUUUCUGUAGAUCAGAGCACCUUUCAAGCUAGCAGCACUUUUAUCCCUGUUCUUCUCAAGUUCUUCUCUCUGUAGUCUUUUCUGAGCCGUCUCUCCCCUUUUUGUGUCUUUUUCUCCUGUGGCUUGCCCAUCCACCCUCCCUGAUUGUGUAACAGUGACAGCUUGCUGCCUCAAAACAGAGCAUUCAAAUGAAUUCGCUUAGCCAAUAACUUCUGUGAAGUUGCCUUUUCUAAUGGUGUUAUUACUCAGUGAUGCACAAAUGUGAUAUUGCCCCUACUGGUAGGCAAACAGGGGAUCUGUAUAAACAUGGUAAACUGCUGUUUUUCUUUAAAGGAGAGCCAAAGACUUGUGCUUUACACUUUUUUUUUCCCUGGUGUAGCCAUUUUGAUUGUCAGACAUUUGUGUAGGGUAUUGUGAGUUGACUGUAUUAUCCUAAUAACAGUUUCCAAAAGUUAAUGAUUGUCAAGCCUUGCCCAUGCAUUGAAUUGUGGAAGAUCAUUCCAUUUAGUCAAACAAUUUGCAAUGUACUGAGAUGUAUCUGAGGUGUUGUGAUGUGUUUUCAGUCUCUCAUGCACUCUCUCAGCUGACUGAAUGGCUCUUUUAGAGAGGGAGAAGGAACAUAGAAAUGUUAUAAUCCAAGAAGCCUUGUUUUUAAGUGUUUCUAAAUUGAAUACUGAUUGAAAAUUUCUUCAGUUACAGUAAAAGAUAAAUCUGUGUUACAAAUGUGACUGACUUUUAAGUCCACUGGGACCGAAAAGAUUUGUGAAACACUAGCAUUGCAUUAAAUUAGAUGUGGAAGAACCAAACUUGUGAUGAUAUUGUCUCUUGACAGCAUGGACUGAGUAAGGUGGGGCAAAUUUUGUGCUAGAAAGGGCCAGGAGUGAGGCUUUUAUUGAUAAUACAAGAGAGCUGCUGGCAUUUCCCUUCCUUGAGCUACUCACUCUCACAGACUUCUUACUAAAGUUUUUAGGUUCAAAGAGAAAUCUUUUAAAGUCUGAGUAGCAUAAACCCUCAUUUCCACUGCCAUUUAUAAUUUUGAACUAUAACAAAGCAGACUUACGGGAUAGUUAUCUGGAAGACCCCCAGUAUAAAGUUUUUUUCCUGGACUGGCUCUUUCAGACCUGCUUUUAUGAGAAAGAAGAAAUGCCAUGCCAGUGUUCAGGAGGCUCAACAGUGGGAGUGCCAGCCAGCUUCUCUGCUCAAAAAUGGGAGAAAAGACCCAAACAUACGCAGUGUGCAAGUUUUUGUGCUUGUCUGUGUGUGUAUGGAGAAGUGAUUUUGGUCCUAGGAUAGAUAGAAGGAACAAGAGCAGUGCUGCUGGGGCAUGGUGUUACCUUCAUAUUCAAAUUUUGUCAUCAUUCACUUUCCAAAACACAGCCUUCCAUUCCUGCCUCCUGAUGUUGCUGAUUUGAAAACAACCAAAAAAAAGUUAGUGUGUCAGCAACUUAAUUUCUUGUAUCACAAUAAAUCAAUUUUCCUGGGAGGAAAAAGAGAGCAAGAGUUUUUGAGUUGCCUGCAUGGUAAUGGAGUUAUGAACUGGAAAAACAUCCGCCUUGCUUGAGUAAGUGUAAACUGAAUUUCUGAGUAAAAAUGAAGAAGCUCUUCUGAGCCACCUUUUGCGUACAGCUAUGGUGCCAAGAGAUGGGUGGUUGUACAGAUUAUUAUGUGGGAGAAAUUGAUUUGCUCUCAAUUCAAAUGGACUCUAAAAUGUCAAAAACUUCAUUGGGAAUUUUCAUUUUCAUAGUGAACUGUUACCAACUGCAUUAUUUUAUCUUGGAAUGUCAGGGGAUGACAGAGGCUAAAGUUAAUCCUAGUUAUACAACAUAAGAAAGGGAUCUGGGGAAAUGUUGUCCCAGCAGUGUCCUUCUACAGUUAACAUGUGGCCUUUAUUCUUCUGUAGGAAGAAGAAUGUAACUGCUUAGUGUUGUCACAGACUUCAGAGCACUUCUUGUGAUGCAGGUAGAGCCUUGGUUAGCAGAGAAAGGAGAACAAAUUUAACAUUUCUUUUCUUUAUAAUUUUAUUUCCUAUUGGCAAGUGUGAUAUUGUGCCAUGGGAAUUGUGGCAAGCCAAGAGGCUGCAGCUUUUUUUGAAAUUUCCCAGUAUAAAGAGCACAUGGCAAUGUGGAUUUGUCUGCAUCAGGAACAUCACAGUAAUUUGAUGCUUAAAAUAUGUGGCCAUAACAAUCAAAAUUGGUUUCCUGUAGCUUAGUAAUGUGAGUAAUUAUCUGAUCUUUCCCAGGCAAUCUUUGCAAUCCCAGGGAGCUUGUGUAUGAUUUUUAAUGCUAAUUGCAAAGUAUUCAGCAGUUGGAAGGGUUUAGGUGCCUAACUUCAUCCAGCAAGGCAGCUUUCCUUGGAUAUACUGGUUGGAUGUUUUCAUAUGCCAGGAAAGUACUGUUUUGAAGAUCUGCAUGUUUUAGGAAAACACAAUUGUCCAAUUUGAAAAAUACAGUAUUGGGAGAGACAGAAGCAACAGGUAGUGCAGUCUCUGGCAAUAAAAAACAUUAGACAUGAUGGAAUUACAUGUAAAAUGCAUAUGGGGUAAAUGUAUCUGUAAGAGGAAAAAAAAAUAUUGUGGAGUAUUUGAUGCUCAAGAAAUUAUUUGCUUCUUCAUAAUGUUAAAAAGAUUUCGUUAAUAGUUCUGUGGCAGACAGUACUCACAAGUCUUUGGCAUCCAAACCAGAUUGUAUAUCAGAUGGAUCCCACAACUGGAUGUGUGCACUGACCUCUUUAUUUGUAGCUUUUUAAAAAGAAAUUUGGCAGCAGCCUUUAAUAAAUGCAUGAAGCAGCCUGAGAGGAAGAAGCAAUCCCGUUCAUAUCACAGCUGCUGCACAGCUCACAAUUGGUUCAUCUGCAGCCUCUCCCAAGUGAAGCUGAUCAACAUGGGCAAAACAAAUCACUUUGAGAGUUUCCCCUAAUUUUAAGGAGUUCCCAUUCCCCCUUCAGCCUGUGCUUGCUGUGUAAGCAGCUUCCAUGCUCAAAGGGUCUUUCCUUCAAGUCAGCUUAGCAGCUGUUCUGUAGCUUGGCUAUUUUUCCAUAUUUUCUCUAACUGGUAGCGUCGUGUUAAGCUCUUCCCCUCAUUGUAUUUGUUGCUAUGGGGAGGAAGAGGUGAAGCAAGAUGUGUGAGAGGAGGGAGGAAGAAUUGUGGGAUCUGUAUGACAGCUCCCACUUCUUUGAAAUCAUCUACUUCCAGUUGUGGGAUUUCUCGAUAUAUGAUUUUUUUUGUGGUUUCUGUAAGUCUCAUUUUCUUUGAUCUUGUUAGUUCCUUACAAGUCUCCCCGAGACAUUCUGCAGUCAUUAUCACCUUUUUGGGUGGAGUUUAUUUUAUUUUUUUGGGUUGUUUGUUUUGUUUGGUUUUUUAAAUAACUUUUUAACAUUGGUGCAUAUAUGCUUGGGAUAGAGCUCAUGUAAUUAUCCAAUCGUAUUGAUUGUAUGUGAUUGUGCCCUGCAGAGGUAUAUUUAACAAAAAAUAAAAUAAAGGAUAGCCUAGGUAAUAAAGGAGACCAUGAAAUUUGUUGAGUCAGGUUAUGAACUAUUUCUUAAAUUUAUAUAGGAUCCCAGACAAGUGAAAUUCCAUCUGCUGUGUUCAUGAAUCAAUGCUAAACAAAAUAUCAUUCAUUCUCUCCUUGUGUUUUUCCUUGCUUUUCUUCUGCUGUUUUCUUCCUUUCCUGUUUCUCUUUGCCAUAAACAAAAAUUCUCAAUCUUUCAUGGGAAUGGCUGGUUCUGGGUUGAUAAUGUAGAUAAUUAUUGUUUGUGGCUAUCAAAACAUUCACAAUAGGAGUGGAGAUGAAGUAGAAUGUACAAGAAGAAUUCCAUAAGUUGAAUUCUUUGCAAGUUCAGAGAAAUUACGAAGUUUUGUACAUACAGGCCUGGUUGUUGGGGGAGGUGUUCAGAGGUCCAUGGGGAAUUGCUGUGUCUUCUCCAGGAAAGGUUAGGUGCUUUACUUCUUCUUGGGGAAACUGAGAUAACAAAAGGAGUAGAAGAAAGUUCUCUAUAUCCAACUCUCUGGGCCUGUACUCCUGCAAUAUACUUUUUAGACUUGACAGAAAAACCUUCUAGGUACUCUAUUGAAGUAGGACAGAAUGCAUUGAAGGAGGCAAAAGGCAAGAGGAUCCAGAGAUUUGAAAGUCAGUAUUGGUCUUCUUUAUUUAAUUCUCAGACCUUUAGAGCCGACAGUGUCGCUUUUAUGUGAAAGAACAAGGGAGUGGAGACCUACUGUACAUGAAUGGCAGUUACAUAGGGAAAAAAAAGUUUAAAUGCUAUUUCUUCUUCCCUCUUCUCCUUGCUUUUCUGCCUCUUUCUCCAUGACUUCACCUUGCUCUCACAGAAUAUCUGAGGGUCCUUUGAGCUGCAGAUUGAACAAAAAAAAAGUGGAAAUGUGAUUCAUUAUGUGGUUUGUAAAUAGAUGAAAAUGUCUACAAGGUCUUACCUGCUUUUCUGUCAGCAUUUAUGUUAAGUGAUAAAUUAAUGAAGAACA